CUGGGAGGUAUAGAUUGCAGACAGAGCGGACCUGGGGUUGGCUCGAUUGUGAUAGCGACAGAUGUCCAGAAAACUGCGAGAGAGGGCACUCCUCCGUAGCAGCGCACUGCACCUCAUAGAGAAGGAGCGAGGGGCGGAAUCUGCAGCUGUCACUCCAAAGGCUUACCUCCAUUAUCACAUCCACCCGGAGACUGGACAAGAAGCCCAACUGGUUCCCCAACAAAAGACACAGGAGUCACCAUGGGAGGCAAACUGAGCAAGAAGAAGAAAGGAUAUGACGUGAGCGACCCCAAAGACAAAAAAGAUGAGAGUCUGGCAAGUGGUGCUGGUGCAGAAGAGUCUGCUAAAGUGGAAGAUGGAGCUCCACCCACAGGAGCUGAGGAGAGUGCUGGGAAAGAUGGUGUGGUAGAGGAAACUGCAGUGUCAGCAGACGCCGCAGUAACAGAGGCUGCAGUACCUCCAGAAGAACCAAAAUCUGCCCCCACAGAGGAACAAGCUCCUGCAGCUGAAGAGGAGGCUGUUCGGGAGCAAAAACCAGAAGCGGUUCCAGUAAAAGAAGAGCCAGCUGCUGUGGCAGUGGAAACAACUACAGCUGUCGACAAACCAGUUGCAGUAUCAGAGAACAAAGCACUUGAUGGAGAGGAAAAGGGAGUAUCUCCAGAGAAAGCAUCUCCAGUGGCUGAAAUAGUCCCAGAAGAGCCUAAAUCUGCUCCACCAGAGGAAGUAGCAGCCACAGAGCAGAAAGUAACAGCAGUGGAAGUAACUCCAGUAGAAAAAGUAGAAGCUGUAGCUCAAGCGAAACAAGCUCCUGUAGAAGCACCAGCUGAAGAAGCACCUUUGGCAGAGCAAGAGCCAGCUUCAGCUGCAGAGAAACCAGUUGCAGCCGAAACUGCUCCAGCAGUGGAAACAGAGAAGCCACCAGUGGCUGUGGAAGAAUCUUUUACAUCUGAGGAACCUGUGAAAGCUGAGGCUGAACCUGAAGAGCCCCCAGUGGAGGAGCCUCCUGUUGCUCUAGGAUCUGUGCCACAACCAGAUGCUGCUCAGGUCAGCACAGAGGCAGCGUCUGAGGAUCAACAGCUAGGCCCUGCACAAGAGACUGUGGCUGAGCCAGAAGCAAUUGAGGUAGAAAGAGUUUCUGCUGCUGCAGUGCCUGAACCAGAGGCCGAGCCAGUGGCAGAGUUAGUUUCCCAACCAGAGCCUGAGCAACACACAGUUCAAACUACAGAGGAAGAGUCUAUGAAAGCACCAACGCCUGAGCCAGAACAAACAACAGAACCAGAGUCAAAAGAGACAACAGAGCCAGAACCUGAGCAAUUCAAAGAGAAAAAACAGUUAGAAGAGCCUGAACCCCAACCAACUUUGGCAGCACCUGACACUGUUGAACUUGAGACUGUUGAAGCAGAAUCAUCUGAGGCUUUGGAGGCUGUGGUAGAGCAUGCCUCCGCAGAAAAUCAUCAUGCAGAAGAAGAAUCCGCUUCAGCAGAAGCCCCGGGCUCCGAUGAUCCAAUUGAGUCACAAGCUGCAGAACCUGUACCUGAGAUUGUCAUCUCACCAUCUGCGUCUGCUAACAGCAUGACUGUGGAAUCUGAUAAGACAGCUGAGACGUCCUUGGAAGAGGUGCCUGGCCCAGAGAAGAAAAGCAAGAUGGAAAACGGAGAUUUAGGAAGCCCUUCCUCCACGGAGAACGGGGUAGAUCCAGUUAUAGCGGUGAACGGGGAGUGCACCGAUAAUACUAAUGCCGUGGCCUCGCAUGCAGAAGAAUUUGUGAAUGGGAACGAAAAAUCAGAGGAGAGGCCUUUGGAGGAGCAGCGCGAUUUUGAACUGAAAAAGGAUGUGAACCUGUGUGGGGAUGUCCAGGAAGUUCCCGACACAGUCUCAGACAUGGUGGAGGGUCUCAACACUGAGGUCACCCAGGCGGUCUAAAUUGAAGCCUCCUUGUUACGGCACUGUGAAUCAGUUCAAUCACUCGAUGGUGAGAGAAAACCACCAAGGAAUCACAGACAGCUAUGCUUUCUGAAAUGCUUUAACCACUGCACUGUCUUUAAUGGUAACUCAGGAAAAAAAAAAUGCUUUUUUUUCCUCUUGGGUCACCAAAAAUGUAAAGCAACCACUUUAUAGAGAGUGACGAACAUGUCGCAAUGGAGAUGGAAGUGCAACGAAGAGAUUUGAGUCGGUGUUUUUGGUGCAGACAGACAGUGGAGCUGGACAGCAUGGCAAAAAACACACAUUAAAUAUGAUAUUAAUGAAUGAAAGAAUGAAUACAUUUGUGUUUGAGACAAAUAAAUACUGCAAUUGGAAAAAUUGGUAUUUUUUUCUAAUUACCUGAUAAGGGUAAUUGGGAAAAAAACAUUCAUUAGUAGCAUAUUCUUGAACUUAGACUUUCAUAUAUCCUUUCUAUUGCUAUAUGAAGCAACAUGACGUAAAUGUUUUGGCCUUUUAUAAUAAUUGUACUUGUAAGGACUGUUAAUUUUGAAAUGAUUGUUCAGAACAGAAAAUAAAAAGAUUGAUUGUUGUAGUCCA